CAUGCGCAUGCGACCCCGGAGACUGGAAGAGCGCUUACGGGUGCCGGCAAGGGCCGAACAUGGCGGCGGUGGCCGCAGCUGCGGGGUCGGGCGCAGGAGCGGCCGCAGGAACGGCGGGUGGGAACGCCUACAGCCUGGGCUUAGCCAACGAGCGCCUGCGGUUGCUGGAGGAGCUGGAGCGCGAGAUCGGGACGGCGCUGCAGAGCGCGGGCACGGUGAUCCUGGAGCUGUCCAAGGAGAAGCCCAACGAGCGCCUCUUGGAGCGACAGGCGUCGCAGUUCGUCGCCUCCGUCCAGAAGGUGGAGUCGGAGCUCUCCGCCCAGAUCCGCUACCUCACGCAGGUGGCCACCGGGCAGCCGCACGAAGGGUCCAGCUACUCUGCCCGCAAGGACUGCCAGAUGGCGCUGAAGCGUAUCGAUUACGCCCGCGUCAAGCUGGGAGAAGUCUCUCGGACGUGCGAGCAAAUGCUGGAGCAGUAGGCUGAGAAACUGGGCCCCGGGUUGGACCCUCCUGGACAUCAACAGAGGGUGUAUUAUUCGUGGACAAAGGGCCUGUGUGUGCAGUGAAGAGACCUCUGUGGCAAGGGCGAUCACGGGAGCUUCCCUUGGGUCCACUGGAAUGCCCUGGGCUUGGAAAGGGCACCCAGCGCACAGCAGGAGGCGCCACAAGAUAAGAAUCGUGGCUUGUGCUUGCCUGAAACUGCCUGCUGGCCCUGAGCCUCCCUUGGGACUAGCCAAGACAGCCUUCAUCCCACCUGGUGUCAUCCAGAUGUAUUGCUGCAUGAGGCUGAUGGGAGUUGGAGCCCAAAACAUCUGGAGGGCACCAGGUUGGAGAAGGCUGAUCAAGACUGCAAACCUUAGCAACCUUGUGUGCACAGAUUUCGUAUUACCCUGAGCCAGCUCUGACAUGUGACAACAUGACUUGACAUUACUUCUUUAAAAAAUCUCUGUGGGCCUUAGCUGGGUCACCUCUGCAACGUGCUUGGAGCAUUGCUGUAUACCAGAAACGAUAUGCCAUAAACAUGUAUUUUGUGUACACAA